AUGAUUCAAGGCUAUACCCUGGCUUUAGAGCAAUGGGCUGAAUGGAAGUACAAGUCAGCUUCCCAGCACGGAUCCCAUGACUGGCAUUUUUCGUUUGCGUUCGUAUUGUCUACUGCACCGUUGCUAGGCUUGUAUCUAGGAAUUCUAGGCAACGCAGCUCAGGACCAUGAAUACAACUUUGUAUUACCAAGCACAGAGCAAGGCUUUCAACCUCAGGAAAGCGACACAUCCAAAGCUUUUGAAAGUUUCGUCCCGUGGAGGAAUACACUUAGAGAGCUCGAUGUGGUUGGCAGUUCUGAAGAAAAGAGUGCCCCUUGGGAAGGCGAAAAUGUAGCCGCACGUGAAUACAGCGAGAUACUGGAAAAGCUAUCUCGUAUUACACGCCACGAGAGCUCCGAUACCACAUGGCUCAACAUACAGCUACAACCCUACAGAUCAGGAGUACCAGGAAACGCGCUUGGCAAUGCUCUAGCAACCGAACACGCAAGUGCAACUCGAAUGCCCUGGCGCAACUAUUCUGACCAAGCUGGCAAUCCAACCCAGGAAGUCCUCUUCGGUGGAUCCAUGCUUGAGCUGAAAUCAUCUGCGAAGCUGUCAACGAGUCCAGGUACCUUUGCAAACAAAGAACGAACAAAAUGGAAAAUCGAGGAUCUUAAAGUCAGAGAUUCAGAGUCUUCGAUGCAGGGAGGAACUACAGAGGCAAAUGUAAGGGGAGUCACGGCAGAGCACGAGGCAUCCGCUAGGAAUUCAGCUGAAGGGGCAACCGCGCAUUUCACCUUCGGUACGAUGGAUAAAUAUCUGGAACCGGCAGGCUCAGCUGUGCACAUGCCCGAUAAUAAUCAGCUUCUCGACACAAUGGAUAACGAUUUUCGAGUAGCCAUAGAUCCAGGCUCGCUUGGAUCGCAGCUAGACAUCCAAUACACGUUCCCUACAGAAACGCACGAUUCUAAGGAUAUUGCUUUUAUUGUCCUAGCGAUCCCAGCUGGGUAUACGAUUGAGGAGAAGGCCAGUGAUACGACACUCUGUCGUUCUGCCGACCCAACCAUGCCCCCCUUAAGGUGCAGCUUACGGCUGCCACACGAUAAGCGGAAGCAUGGGGGAGAAGCAACGUUCUUGGUAGUAUCAAGUGCUGAUACUUCGCGAGACCUCCCACUGGGAAAGCAUUACUUUGCUAUAAGCACUAGCCUGCCGUCCACUAAGGCAACGACGGAGAUUCCGCAGUCGUGGUUCGCAACCUUUCGCUUUACUGGAGGUCAUGCAGUUACCAAACAUUUUGAAGACACAAGGCUCAUCGCAAGAUACAGAUGCGUCUGGAGCGAGUGGAAGCAAGAAACUCCUUGUAGCACUACAUGCAAUGAAGGGUACGAAAUCUGGACUCGUAUGCUAUUCGCGGGGCCUAGCGAGGAACACUGCGGAGGAGCAAUAUUAAAGCGGAGGUGUCAAACAGAAGCCUGUAGCCUUAGCUGCCAGCUUUUGGGGUGGGAACUCCUUAGCAGCUGCACAAGAAACUGUGGUGCUAAGGACGGCGAAGCAUUCAAGGUCAGCAUUCGCCGGGUGUUGAUCCAAGGCGCUGGAUGGGGUCACUCGUGUAGCAAGUUGUAUCCUUGGGAUGACAUCACCAGAGCAGGCUGGUCUGAAAGGCUGAAAGCCGUUGUUAGCUUGACGCCGUGUGACGACAGGUUCAAAGCACCGUGCCCGGCGCAGAUGGGAUGCAGAGUGGAAGAAAUCAAUAGCAGGACAAUGCCAGCUUCUUUCCCCUGGGGCGUAUGUCCGUUUCCGUGCGGCGGGUUUGGCAAUAUUACAUCUAUUGUCCAAGUUGCGAACGGCAUCCCGCGUUGGCUCGGCGAAAAGCUGUACCCGGAUACAUUCCAAAUACCGUGCAAAGCCGACAAAGAGCCUUUGGUAACUGCACGAAAGUGCAAUACUCAGGCAUGCGAGGAUUGUUCUGUUUAUCUGGAAAACCCCGAGUUUGGGAAAGCAACAAGAGCUUGGAUAUUCUUCUUGCCUACACUUGAAUGCGACAAAAUAGAUAUUACGGUCCCUAAGGGCAUGAGUAUCUUGUCCAGCACCCUCUCCCAGCAGCACGCUGAGGUGCUCCGCAAAGGUAGGAUUUCACGACUAUCGCAUAUUCUGCCUUCGCCUGUCACCUCACAGGCGACAAACGUAGCGCUCUACUUCGCGGAGGAGGAUUUAGGCCAAAAGGUAAUCGGCAACUGCUCAUUUAUGGCAAACUCUUUCGGUGGCAUUAAAAGCUGCAAAGUCGGUGCUUCGCAACUCUACCCUGGCUCUGAAUCUGCACAAGUAUGGGCGCGAUCCUUUAUCGCUCCCUCUGGCACACACACGGAUGCCAGUUCCCCGGAUAACAAGAAGCACAACAACACCAGACCCCACUGGAUGGCCUUGCCAGUUAUCCUUGGCGAGCAGGCGGCUAUGCAAGACGGUGGAAACUUUUACCUGUGGCUUACCACCAGCAGCAUGCCGCGUGAUCCAGAAGUUUUCACAUGCCGGCUAAUGACGUAUCUCGCUAUGCCAAAGCAAUGCGCUUUUCACUACACCCCAAAAGAUCCCAACGAAUGCAACAGCUGCGAGCCAGACACAAGCCAGCCCAUUACAUCGUAUCGCGAAUUCGUGCCAGCGAAGCACGGUGGUUCAUGCAGUAUCCCGGAGAAUAUGCGGACGCCGGGAAGCAUUCUCACAGUUGCACCAUGUACACUGAGCUGCGGUCGGUUGCCACAUGGCAGCGCGAAAAUCAAGAAAGAGGCUCCUAAUGCGAAGAAGCGCGACAAGAGCCUUUCAAUGGUGAAGCGCGUUGCCCUUGUAAACUUUCGGAGGAUGCUUCAGAGUUACCAUCUAAGCGCAGCUUCGGGGGAAAAGCCGAGGCGUCUGCACACCGCAGUUCUAGGGGCAAACACUGCGGGGGCCGAAGCCCAUGCAAAUACUGGCUCCCUCCCAAACAUGAAACAAGAAGAGCCUUCAUAA